AUGAGCGCCACUCAGCAAGACACCACCACACAUCAGCAUGAACAGAGCUGUGAAACAAUGAUAGACCAAGCUAAACCAGGUGGACAGGUGAAAUGUCAGUAUAUUUCUGCUGUGGAUAAAGUUAUAUUUGUGGAUGAUUAUGCAGUAGGGUGUAGGAAGGACCUUAAUGGGAUCUUGUUGCUAGACACUGCUCUGCAAACUCCAGUUUCAAAGCAGGACGACGUGGUUCAGCUUGAAUUACCUGUCACAGAGGCACAGCAGCUCUUAUCAGCAUGUUUAGAAAAGAUAGAUAUUUCUAGUACGGAGGGUUAUGAUUUGUUCAUCACACAGCUCAAAGAUGGUCUAAAAAACACGUCUCACGAGACUGCAGCAAACCACAAAGUUGCUAAGUGGGCCACAGUUACAUUUCAUCUUCCUCAUCAUGUGUUGAAGUCCAUUGCCAGUGCCAUUGUAAAUGAACUCAAGAAAAUAAAUCAAAAUGUUGCUGCCUUACCCGUGGCGUCCUCAGUGAUGGACAGAUUAUCUUACCUCUUACCUAGUGCACGCCCAGAACUUGGAGUGGGGCCAGGCCGUUCUGUAGACAGAUCAUUGAUGUAUAGUGAAGCUAAUAGACGGGAGACGUUUACCUCAUGGCCUCAUGUGGGCUACAGGUGGGCACAGCCAGAUCCCAUGGCUCAAGCUGGAUUUUAUCAUCAGCCUGCCUCAUCUGGAGAUGACAGAGCCAUGUGUUUUACUUGUAGUGUGUGUCUCGUUUGUUGGGAACCUACUGAUGAACCUUGGUCUGAACAUGAGAGACAUUCCCCCAACUGCCCAUUCGUGAAGGGUGAGCACACGCAGAAUGUGCCAUUGUCCGUCACUCUAGCAACAAGUCCAGCACAGUUUCCUUGCACGGAUGGAACAGACAGAAUCUCUUGCUUUGGGUCGGGGAGCUGCCCUCAUUUUCUCGCUGCUGCAACUAAACGAGGAAAGAUCUGCAUAUGGGAUGUUUCCAAACUUAUGAAGGUGCACUUAAAGUUUGAGAUUAAUGCCUAUGAUCCAGCAAUUGUGCAGCAACUUAUUCUGUCAGGAGAACCAAGCUCAGGAGUUGAUUCCAGGAGACCAACCUUGACGUGGCUGGAAGACUCUUCUAGUUGCUCAGAUAUACCCAAGUUGGAAGGAGAUAGUGAUGAUUUGCUGGAGGAUUCAGACAGUGAAGAGCAUUCCAGAUCAGAUUCCGUUACAGGGCGCACGUCACAGAAGGAAGCUAUGGAAGUCAGCCUUGAUGUAACAGCACUCAGCAUCCUUCAGCAGCCAGAGAAGCUGCAGUGGGAGAUUGUUGCAAACGUGCUUGAAGACACUGUUAAGGAUCUUGAAGAACUUGGGGCAAAUCCUUGUUUAACAAACUCUAAGAGUGAAAAGACAAAGGAAAAGCACCAGGAACAACACAACAUUCCCUUUCCAUGUUUAUUAGCUGGAGGUUUAUUAACAUACAAGUCUCCUGCUACCUCACCCAUUAGUAGUAAUUCUCACAGGUCACUGGAUGGUUUAAGCAGAACUCAGGGUGAAAGUAUAUCAGAACAAGGAUCAACUGACAAUGAAUCCUGCACUAAUUCAGAACUCAACUCUCCUCUGGUAAGGAGGACUUUACCCGUUUUGCUUCUUUAUAGCAUCAAGGAAUCUGAUGAGAAAGCAGGAAAAAUCUUUUCACAGAUGAACAAUAUUAUGAGUAAAAGCUUGCAUGAUGACGGUUUCACUGUUCCACAGAUUAUUGAAAUGGAGCUGGAUAGUCAGGAGCAGUUGUUGUUGCAGGACCCUCCCGUAACGUACAUUCAGCAAUUUGCAGAUGCAGCAGCCAACCUUACCUCUCCAGAUUCUGAGAAAUGGAACUCUGUGUUUCCCAAGCCUGGGACUUUGGUUCAGUGUUUGAGGCUGCCAAAGUUUGCAGAGGAGGAGAAUCUUUGUAUAGACUCGAUAACUCCUUGUGCCGAUGGAAUUCAUUUGUUGAUAGGACUGCGGACAUGCCCUGUUGAAUCCUUGAGUGCAAUAAAUCAAGUAGAGGCCUUGAAUAAUUUAAAUAAAUUAAACUCUGCACUAUGUAAUAGACGGAAAGGUGAGCUGGAAUCAAACCUCGCUGUAGUGAAUGGUGCAAAUAUUAGUGUAAUCCAACACGAAUCACCAGCAGAUGUACAGACUCCUUUGAUAAUUCAGCCUGAGCGGAGGAACGUUAGUGGUGGAUAUUUAGUACUUUAUAAAAUGAAUUAUGCCACUCGGAUAGUGACUUUAGAAGAGGAGCCAAUAAGAAUCCAACAUAUCAAAGAUCCCCAGGACACAAUUACCUCGCUCAUUCUACUUCCACCAGAUAUAUUGGAUAACCGAGAGGACGACGGUGAGGAGCCUGUUGAGGAAAUGCAGUUGACCUCAAAGAAUGGCAGUGAACGAGAAAAGACGUCGGACGUUUCCACGCUUGGACACCUGGUCAUAACCACUCAGGGAGGAUACGUAAAAAUAUUAGAUCUUUCAAACUUUGACAUUUUGGCCAAAGUGGAGCCUCCCAAAAAGGAGGGCACUGAGGAACAGGACACAUUUGUUUCUGUCAUUUACUGCUCUGGCACAGACAGGCUGUGUGCAUGCACCAAAG